GCACUCUUUCCUUCCUGCAUUCACCAUGUUCAGUGCUGUCGGUCUGAUUACUUCCAAGAACCUCCAUCGUACUGCCUACACGGCUACCAUCACAGCUCGCCGCCUGUAUGCGCUGCCUGCCAACGCCAUCAACGGCGCUGCGCUGAACAAGCACCCCAAGCUGAAGCAGUGGGUCGAGGACAAGGCCAAGUUCUUCAAGGCCGACAACGUGCACGUCAUUUCCGGCACUGAGGCCGAGAACAAGGAUUUGAUCAAAAUCCUCGAAAAGUCGGGCACCAUCGAGCAGCUCAACCCCAAGCUCCGCCCCAACAGCUUCCUUGCGCGCACCGACCCCAAGGACGUUGCUCGCGCUGAGGACUCGACCUUCAUUUGCUCCAAGGACAAGAAGGACGCCGGCCCGACCAACAACUGGGUCAACCCCUCCGAGAUGCGCCAGCGCCUCGACAAGCUGUUCGCCGGCACCAUGCGCGGCCGCACCAUGUACGUCAUCCCGUACUCGAUGGGCCCCAUCGGCUCGCCCAUCUCCCGCAUUGGUGUUGAGGUCACCGACUCGCCCUACGUGGCCGUCAGCAUGCGCAUCAUGACCCGCGUUGGCCAGCCCGUCCUCGACGUGCUCGGCGCCAACGGCGAGUUUGUCCCCUGCGUCCACUCGAUCGGUGCCCCGCUUGAGGCUGGCGCCAAGGACGUCCCGUGGCCGUGCAACACCAAGGAGCGCGCCAUUGUCCACUUCCCCGAGACCCGCGAGAUCUGGUCGUUCGGCUCUGGCUAUGGUGGCAACUCGCUCCUCGGCAAGAAGUGCUUCGCUCUGCGCAUUGCAUCCGUCAUUGCCCGCGACGAGGGCUGGCUCGCCGAACACAUGCUCAUUCUCGGCAUCACCGACCCGAAGGGCAACAAGAAGUACAUUGCUGCCGCCUUCCCCUCCGCCUGCGGCAAGACCAACCUUGCCAUGCUUCAGCCGACCAUCCCCGGAUGGAAGGUUGAGUGCGUCGGCGACGACAUUGCCUGGAUGAAGAUUGGCGCUGACGGCACCCUCCGCGCCAUCAACCCCGAAAACGGCUUCUUUGGCGUCGCCCCCGGCACCUCGAUGAAGACCAACCCGAACGCCAUGCGCUCGAUCGAGAAGAACGCCUUCUUCACCAACGUUGCCAAGACCGCCGACGGCGACGUCUGGUGGGAAGAGCUCUCCAAGGAGCCCCCGACCGGCACCCUGACCUCGUGGCUCGGCAAGCCAUGGACUGCCGCCAGCGCCAAGACCGACGGCCCGGCCGCCCACCCCAACUCGCGCUUCACCGCCCCGACCGUGCAGUGCCCCAUUAUCGACCCCAAGUGGAACGACCCCGAGGGUGUCCCGAUCUCGGCUAUUGUCUUUGGCGGCCGUCGCCCCAACCUCGUGCCGCUCGUCUAUGAGGCCAACAACUGGCAACACGGCUCCUUCAUUGGCUCGGCCGUCUCCUCGGAGAAGACCGCCGCUGCUGAGGGCGACCUUGGCGUCCUCCGCCACGACCCCUUCGCCAUGCUGCCCUUCUGCGGCUACAACAUGGGCGACUACUUUGGCCACUGGCUCAGCGUCGGUGCCAAGGCCAAGGAUGCCUCCAAGCUUCCCAAAUUCUUCCACGUUAACUGGUUCCGCCAAGAGAACGGCAAGUUCCUCUGGCCCGGCUUUGGCGAGAACUCGCGUGUUCUCAAGUGGAUUUUCCAGCGCACCAACAACGAGAACGUUGCUCGCCAGACCCCCAUCGGUCUCGUCCCCGCCGAGGGCGCCCUCGACACCACCGGCCUUGACGUCAAGCCCGAGGUCAUGAAGAAGCUUCUCGAGGUCAACCCUGCUGGCUGGCUCAACGAGGUCGCUGCUCUGCGCAAGUACUAUGCCACCUUUGGCGAGGCUCUUCCCAAGGGCAUCAAGGCCGAGCUCGACGCCCUCGAGACGCGCCUCAAGGCUGCGUCCAAGUAAACGAUAAAGCACAAAAUGGCAUGGGAACCGAUUCACCCUGCUGAAUGUCAUUAUCGCUUGUACGCACUUGUUUCUUCCGGAAACGUACAACGUUGAAAACACAAAAAGUAUCUUAAUUGAAAUAAAAAAACAAGCAAAACAAACAAAACAAACGCACCCUCCACACAAGAAUGAUGAACAAAAACAAAAAACAA